AUGACCGUGUCAGACCCCUUCAACGUGCUUCUCUUGGGAGCUGGCAUGGUCAACUUUGGGACCAUCGAAGGACCGUGGUGUCACACUACACGCAUUGAAAACGCGGAACAACAGCUCGGCAUCAAGCGAGCUGCAGAUGUUGUGGGGUACUCGACGUCGCAAGUGUUCCCAAACAUUGAGGCAGCAGCCCGUGGACUCUCAGCAGAGUCCACUCCACACCUCAUCAUAUUUGGAAUUCCACCCAACUUUCGUGGAUCGUCGCUCAGUGGCAGUGACGCCGAACUCCAAGCUCAACAUCACUUUCCCCGCGCGGCAUUGUUCCUCGAAAAGCCGAUCACCAGCGGGACGGCCGAGGAUGCCAAGAGUGUCAGCUCUUUGCUCUCAUCGGCUGGAACGCGCACGAGUGUCGGAUACAUGCUGCGAUACCUUGAGGCCACUCAGCAAAUGAAGCGUAUCAUUCAAGAGCACAACCUCACGGUCACCGCCACCAUUGCCAUGUAUCUUAUGGCGUACGAGUUUGCCGGCACGAACGACCGUGUGUCUUAUUUUGAUCUGCGGCAGGAGCCUGGUCCCAUUGUUUCUCAGGCCACGCACAUUGUCGACCUCUGCCGCUACCUUGCCGGCUCGGAGGCUGAUCUGGACACCGUCUUGGCCCACGUUCUCGAAGUCUCAGAGGCACCGGGAAGGCUCAGCCGUUGCACUUUCGAGUCGGACAUUCCCGACGAGUUUAGUAUCCCCCGCAUCACGGACGCCAUCUGGAAGUGGGAGAGCGGGGCGACGGCUACACUGGUACACGGUGUUGCGCUUCAUGACGGAGGGUACGAUACGGAACUCACAGUGCUUGCGGACGGCUGGAAACUCAAGCUCGUCGACCCGUACGGAACUCCCCAGCUCCAUGUUCGCAGGCCUGGACAGGAGAUCACAGAAGUGACCACUUACACGUCCGACGACCCGUUCUACACCGAGGUGUCUAGCUUUAUUGACAUCAUCGGCGAUUCCGCCAGCGACAGAGCAGUCCUGUGCUCAUACGACGACGCGAUUGCGACUUAUGAGCUGACCUGGGCUAUUCGUGCGGCCGGCGAGGUGUCUGCCACCAAGCGCAAGGCCAAACGCAUGUGA